AGGCAUUUGUCUGGGCGGGGUUUAGGGGUCCUGAUGCUGCUGUGUUUUUAGCGGUAGCCUGUAACGCGACGCGACGCGUGAGUCUCGUUCAUCUGUCGCCGGUUUCUCUGCGCUCCGGUUCCGUUCACGGGUUCGAGCCGUGCUCACCGAUAUAAUGGCUGUUCCUCCAGCGUACGCAGACCUGGGGAAGGCUGCAAAGGACAUCUUCAACAAGGGCUACGGUUUUGGGACGGUGAAGCUUGAUGUCAAAACCAAGUCUGCUAACGGAGUGGAGUUUAAAACAUGUGGCACAUCUAACAUGGACUCAAACAAGGUCAGCGGGAACCUGGAGACCAAGUAUAAAUGGGCCGAGUACGGACUGACCUUCACUGAGAAGUGGAGCACGGACAACACACUGGGCACCGAGAUCACUGUCGAGGACCAGAUCACCAAAGGACUGAAGCUGACCUUUGACACGACCUUCUCACCAAACUCUGGUAAGAAGAGUGGAAAGGUGAAGACGGCGUAUAAGCGUGAAUACGCGAACGUAGGCUGUGAUGUGGAUUUCGACUUCGCCGGUCCUGCCGUCCACGGCUCUGCGGUGCUGGGAUACGAGGGCUGGCUCGCCGGAUACCAGAUGACCUUUGACACCGCCAAGUCCAAGAUGACCCGCAGCAACUUCGCCAUCGGAUACAAGACCGGAGACUUCCAGCUGCACACCAAUGUGAACGAUGGCACAGAGUUUGGCGGCUCCAUCUAUCAGAAAGUGAGUGAUGAUCUGGAGACGGCGGUGAACCUGGCCUGGACCGCCGGUAAUAACAGCACACGCUUGGGCAUCGCUGCCAAAUACAUGCUGGACUCCAGCUCCUCCGUUAGUGCUAAAGUGAAUAAUGCCAGUCUGGUUGGGAUCGGCUACACUCAGACCCUCAGACCAGGAGUGAAGCUGACUCUUUCUGCCCUGGUUGAUGGAAAGAACAUCAACGCUGGAGGCCAUAAACUGGGUCUGGGUCUGGAGCUGGAGGCGUAACGCCCGUCUCGUUGUGUUCCUCACGAGAUCAUCAGAGAACAGUCUGAAAUCUCCACACACUGAACCCAAACCUUGCACCUCCUCUUAUUUAUUUGCAGCACUAACAUCACUGUCAAUAUUUCUCUCCAAACCACCGCUUUCAAUCCGUACGUGCAUUUUCUUAGGAAUACGUAACCUAUAAUAAUGUAAAUUAUUAUUAUUGACUCAUCCUCGUGUUGUUGCAAACCUUUAUUUUGCUGUAUCUAAAUAUUUAUGCAGCUCAACAACAGUGACCACGACUGACAAAGAAGCACACACUAUAAAAUAAUCCACACGAUUUGAGCACUACAUACAAAGCUUUAUGGGAGCAACAUGUGACUUUAUAUCCUUUUUCCCAGACUGUGUAAAACUAAGCAGGUUCGGAUCACCAUCAGGUGAAUGUUUAAUCGUGCUGCUGCUGUCUAGUGAUGUUCAGACGCUUUUCUUCUGGUAGUUCGGCUUUAAUCGUCCUCCUCUCUCUGUAUUCAAGCUUUAUGGUGUUCAAACGGGUUCUUUCGGCAUGAGAUGAUGUUUCCAGACAGAUUAGGGACACGAGAGGCUUCUCUUCUGUAUGUCCACCUUUGCAAUAAAGUCCUAAAACUGGAA